GUUUUUAGUUCUCAUGGCUCCUGAAGCAACUACGAUUAAGUCCAUUUAUGCACGACAGAUCUAUGAUAGUCGUGGUAAUCCUACUGUUGAAGUCGAUUUAAAGACCGAACUCGGUCUGUUCCGUGCUGCGGUUCCAAGUGGAGCUUCCACGGGCAUUUACGAGGCUCUUGAGCUGCGUGACGGAAUUAAAUCCGAGCACCAUGGCAAGGGUGUGAUGAAGGCAGUUCAUAAUGUGAACAGCAUCAUUGCUCCUGCUUUGAUCGGAAAAGAUCCUCUCAACCAAGAAGAAAUCGACAAGUUUAUGGUCGAGCAACUCGAUGGCACGAAAACCGAAUGGGGAUUCUUGAAAUCCAAAUUAGGAGCCAACAGUAUUCUUGCUGUGUCCAUGGCUGUCUGCCGUGCCGGAGCUGCUGCAUCGCACAUGCCUCUGUACGACUACAUUGCUACGCUUGCCGACUACCCGAUCAAGCCACAUCAUCUCCCCAUCCCUUCAUUCAACAUCAUUAACGGUGGAGCGCACAGCGGCAACGCUCUGGCCUUCCAGGAAUUCAUGAUUCUCCCGGUCGGCGCCUCGAACUUCCGCGAAGCCAUGCGCAUGGCCUCGGAAGUCUACCAGUCGCUGAAGAAAAUCAUCGCUCAGCGCUACGGAACGGACUCCGUGAACGUAGGCGACGAGGGCGGCUUCGCCCCGAACAUCACGAACUGCGAGAGCGGCCACGCGUGCCAUCCAGCGAUGCACAGCGUCGGAUACGAAGGAAAAGUGAAGAUCGCGCUGGAUGUGGCGGCGUCGGAGUUCUACGACCGCGAAUCGAAGCGCUACAACCUGCUGAAGAAGGUGAAGGGAAGCGGCGAGGAAGGAAAAGUGGACGCGGCGACGCUGCUGGGCUUUUACGAGAAACUGGUGGAGGAAUAUCCGAUAGAAGUGAUCGAAGACGGGUUCGACGAGGACGAUUUCGAAGGGUGGCGAGCGAUGCGGGAGAAGCUGGGGUCGCGGAUAGGGAUCACGAUCGUGGGAGAUGAUUUGACGGUGACGAACAUUCUUCGGAUUGAGAACGCGAUCGAGAAGGGGUGCUGCAAUGCGCUGCUGCUGAAGGUGAAUCAGAUCGGAUCGGUGACGGAGGCGAUCCAGGCCGUGAGGAAAUGUCGCGAGGCGGGGCAGUGGAGUGUGAUGGCGUCGCAUCGCAGCGGAGAGACGGAGGAUUGCUUCUUGUCGCAUCUGAGCGUGGGGUUGCACACGGAGCGGAUUAAGAGCGGAGCGCCGUGCCGAAGCGAGCGACUGUGCAAAUAUAACGAGUUGAUGCGGAUCGAAGAAGAGUUGCUGGUGGAGAAGGAAGAAGUGUUCUUUGGAGAGAAGAAAGUGGAGUCGUAUUUAGAAUAAAGAAGCAUUCUCUU